AUGUCAGGAACCAAUGAGAUCCAAGACUUCUCCACCACUCUGGUGGACACAGAAAGAGCUAAAAUAAAACAUUCUGCUAAAGCCAGGAAAAAGAGUAGGAAAUGCAAGAGCAUGAAGGUCUCAGCUGAGCUGUACAAGCAGCAAGAUAACAAAAAUGUGAUAGCUUGCCAACACGACCCUGGAGGAGGAUGGUCCCAGAAAUACAUGGGGGCUGGAUUCACAGAACAGGAGACAAACACGCCAAGGAUGAAGAAGCAAUGUGAUCAAAAGCUGCUCAUUCGAAUGAAAACUGAAUGUGUACCAUGUUCUUUAAACUUCAAUACCCGGUGCCCUGCUGGUUACACCAAAAUUACCAAUGGGACUGGGAUACCAGACUGCAGGUAUUAUCUAGAAAUCAAAACACACACACUUUCUUUUCUGGGAUGUCGGCAUCAUUGUACGAAGGAAUUUGAACAACCUGAGUGCUGCAAGGGGCACUGGGGCCCAGACUGCUUGGCUUGUCCUGGAGGAGCUGCAUCACCAUGCAACAGGAGAGGUCACUGCUCCCAGGGCAUAAACGGGGAUGGAACAUGCACUUGUCAGGUAGGGUUUGGUGGGACAGCCUGUGAAAAAUGUGCUGAAGAUAAUAUAUUUGGCCCUUACUGCACAUCGGUUUGUGACUGUGUUCAUGGAGUAUGCAACAGUGGAAUUACAGGGGAUGGAAGAUGCACUUGCUUGUCUGGCUAUAAAGGGCUCAGGUGUGAUCAGCCGAUAGCAGAAUGCGAGGCCUUGCGGUGCCCUGCAAACUCCAGAUGUGCUGCCUCAGGCAAGGAUGGAAGGCAACUGCAAUGCAAGUGCCUUCCUAGCUACCAUGGGGAUGGUACACAGUGUGAACCUAUCAACCCGUGCUUCAAAAAGGUCUGUGAUCCUAAUGCUGACUGCAUUUACCUCGGACCAAAUCAGCAUAAAUGCACCUGUCGAGAAGGCUACAGAGGGGACGGUCAGGUCUGCUUACCCAUUGACCCUUGCCAAGCAACAUAUGGGAACUGCCCAAUGGAGUCUACUGUUUGCAUAUAUGAUGGUCCAGGAAAGUCUCACUGUGAAUGCAAAGAGCAUUACACAAACUUUGUACCUGAGAAAGGAUGCAGUAUGAUGGACAUCUGUGAAACAAAUAAUACCUGCCAUAAAAAUGCUAAAUGCUCAAUGGUUGCACCAGGACAGAUUGCGUGUACGUGUCAAGGGGGCUCCGUGGGGAACGGGUUUGUGUGCUACAGAAACAUCAUGGAGCGACUCCGAGACCUGAAUGCUGAAGUGGGAGGACAGUGGCAAGACAAGCUGACAUCUGCCUUAUUGCUCAUGGAAAAUGUCUAUGAAUGGCCAUUGAGUACCCUGGGACCAUUUACUGUGCUCGUACCGACAAACAAGGGGCUCAAAGGUAUAAAAAUAAAGGAUCUUCUGGAUAAUAAACAGAAAGCACAGUACUUUGUGAAACUCCACGUAAUUGCUGGUCAGCUGAAUACCAGUAGCUUGAAUAACACUAACGUAAUAUAUACUCUGACUGGCAAGUCAGGAGAGAUAUCAAAGGGAGAAAAGGAUAAUCAAUUAAGAAUUAGAAUCCAAGGAGGAAGGAGGAAAGGAAAACUUUUGCAGGGAAAUAUUAUUGCUUCCAAUGGGAUUUUGCACAUUAUUGACAAAGCCAUGGACAACGUGGAGCCAACAUUUGAAAGCAACAAAGAGGAAACCAUAAUGUCAGUACUUCAAGAUAAUGGAAAAUACAGCAACUUCACAUCUUUGAUAGAGAAAACUGGCCUGGGAGUGGACUUACAGCAGGAAAACAGGCCUUACACAAUCUUUGUUCCGAGUAAUGAGGCUUUCAGCAAUAUGAAAGCUGAGGCUAUGGAUUACCUGCUUUCUGCAGAGGGUUCAUGGAAGUUGCUGGAGCUUGUCCGAUACCACAUUGUCUCCCAUACUGAGCUGGAGGUUGCUAGCCUUGUCUCAAUAGAGCACAUCAGAAGCAUGGCGAAGCAGUUCAUUUACUUCAACAGGACCAGCACUGGACAAGUCUUGGUGAGUGGAGAAGAAGUGGAAGAAACAGAUAUUGUUGCAAAAAAUGGUCGCAUUUAUACUCUUGCAGGGGUUCUUAUCCCAGCCACAAUUGUUCCAGUUCUACCACAUCGGUGUGAUGAGACAAAAAGACAAUUCACAAUG